GUCUUGCCAGCUACAAGGCGAUUUCCCCAACCGCGGCUUUUGCGUAUCCACCGUGGCCAUGUCGCCUGACCAGGAGGGCCCUGGUUCAGUUUGUUAUGACGUGUGCAACCCGGACCAUCAGCCUCAAGACUAUACCGUGAACGGAAACGGCGGGGCGGAUCUGGCGAACCACAUCUCCCAGGCGAUGGUGGCCCAAGUUCGAGCAGGUCUCAACAACAAUGUGUCCUGCCCGCGAGAGCUGGGACUCGCGAACUCCAUGCAGAAGUGCCCCCCAGGCGAGCAUUGCAGCGACAAGCUCCUGCACAAGUUCAAGGUCCCCAGCGGCCAGGGCAUGUGCGUAGUGGCUGGUGCUAGCUCCAGCGGCCAAGCAUGCUUUAACAUGUGCGACUAUCGCAUCCCACCGAGCCGCUUUGCAGAAGGCGCGCAUCAAGGCAUCGCCCUGCACGUCAUGAACUUCCGUAACAGCGGCGCUUGUCAAGCCAAGCCUUGGUUACCCUGGGUCAUUUCAUUGGUGGUGCUUUUGCUUAUUGGGGCUUGCUGUGGCCUGGUGAUCUACAGUGCUUUGGUGGAUGCGUCUCCAUGCUCAUCACCUGCGUAUCAGGCUGAAUCCAAAGAGGGCAUAACUAGCCAAGUAGCAGGCACCCAGAUGGAAAGCAGCAAUGGAGGCGUUCGGGAGUUCGCCCUUGUGGCCCUUGCAGUGGAGAUUAUUUUUGCUAUCAAGCUCCUUUGCCUUGCCUUUGAGCAUCGGCAAGUCAUCAAAAACAAAGCUCAAAGUGCCACAGCAGCUCUGCGCGCAUUCACUUUGCGACCGCAGGCAUCCAAGUGCAGUGCAGAAGAGCUAGUUAGGCUGGAGGAGGUUCGCCAGCUGCGCGUUCAGAUGAUUCCUUAUUACAUGGUCUGUUGCGUGGUGGUAUCUCAAUUUGUUCUACUGGCUGCGCGCUAUAGUGCGACGACGCAUGGGUGGUUGCAACCCGGGUCGUACUGGACGACUUUGGCCCUUUCUGUGGUGAACAUGGCCUUUUUGUUCAAUCCACUGGUGGUGUCCACAUCCACCAUGGGCUUCUGGUACGUCCUGCAUAUGACAUCUUGUGCUGGGUAUCUCACCCCUUGGUCUGUGACGCCCGCCCAGGCGCUCAACGCGUCAAUGGCAGUGCUUGCUUGCAUACUGCUUGCCCCUAGACCCUUUCUCGUAAUUGGAUGCAAUUUGGGAAUAAGUAUUCUGCUCCUCGCGCGUGCCAUGACCGAGACAUGGGCUUUGCCAGGCUGCGACCUCUUUGAUUCAUUGUACACACUUCUUUGUGGCGAAGUGAUGAGUUUGAUUUUGACCAUCAGCAUGGCAUUCCUUCUGGAUGGAAUUCUACACCAAAAAGUCAGGCAUGAAACUCGACACAAAAACACAACGGCCCAGUUGGGAGCAGCUUCGUCUCUGUUGAACCUGACCUGCGAUGCAAUCAUUGAGCUGGAUGCCAAUCUCCGGAUUACGGAGGACUCUCCGCAGUUGGCCGCCAUGUUGCUCAGGGACAGGCCCGGAUCCACUGUGAAGGGCAUGACUUUCACCCAGCUGAUGCCUACAGAGCAUGAAGCAGCGCGAGCUUAUCAGAUUUUGUCAAGCGGAAGCGCUGGCUCUGCAGCAUCGCAGACCUCUGCUGGCUCAGACGAAGCCAGUAUCCAUGCGAAUGCCUUUCACACGCGCCUCAUGGACAGUUGCUCCAGCAAGUUUCGGACAGAAGUGUUUCAGGUCGCAUACAGCAAGGUAGACGGCCAGGUCCACCACCUGAUAGGUUUGCGGGACUUCACUGACCAGACUCCCUUGGCUGGAGAGAGGGCCAUGGAUGCCAUGGAGAGCUGCACGAAAGCCUCCACAGAUGAAUUUGAAGCUCCGAAGCCUUUCCCAUCCUGGCAGGAAGUGGAGCGGAAAGGUCUGAUGACUCCCGAGCCGGACUCGUCUGAGUCUGAGUGUGAGGACAACAACACUGCGUCCACUUUCCAGGCAACAUCUGGAGAUGGAACCGUCUUGUUAUACAUUGACAUGCACGGCGUGCGCGUAGCUUCUGCAUCGCUGACGGUCGCGCACAUGUGCGGGAAGGACUUGGCGGAUGUCUUUUUGGAAAAGGGUCUUGAGAUGCUACGGCACAUAUGGCUGGAAGCUUCAGGACAACAAGCAGACACCAUUCGACCCUUCCGCAGGAUCAAAGUCCGUUGCGGCAAGGAUCAGUAUUCCAAGAUCUCUGGCCGGGUCGAGCUAGCCAAGACGCAGGCAGGAGAGCUCUAUCUGCUGGUGUACUUUAAGCCCACGCGCCGCUGGAUCAUUGUUGGAGGAGUUUUGGAUGUUUGGUAA